CGUGGCGCGCCGGCGGCGGCGGCCCGCCGUCGUGCUGGCUGGGCGAGGGCGGCCCGGGCCGCCGGGCGGCGCUGGCGGCCGCGGCGGCCGCAGCGGCGGCCACGGCGGCGGGGUCGGAGAAGGCCGAGGCGUUCCCGAACGCGGUCAGGAAGGUCCAGCGCGACCUCAACAAUCCCAAGCGGCCUGGGCAGCAGGCAGGGGACCUGGGCAUGAUGCCGCGAAUCGGCUACCCGGAGGGUGCCCUCAAGGAGUGCGACAACAGCCCCAACUGCUUCUCGACCACCACGAGCGUCGUGGACGAGCAGUACCACGACAUCAAGCCCUGGGUGUUCAAGGGCAAGACCCCCGAGCAGGCCAUGACGGAGGUGAAAGACGUUCUGGCGGCGUACGAGCCUAGUCAGCAGGACAUCGACGGAGGCGGUUUCAAGGUCUUCGCCGAAGGC